AAUUAGCGCCAUCUCGCCUUGGGGGCAGAUCAUUUUGCGCUAAAACAUCAAAUCAAUCAGGACUUUGCGCCUGCUUUUAGCUAUUCAUGGUGCACAGAUGGCUCCAUCCUGCAGGCCCUUUAUCUGACUCUUAAUUGGCCCGGGCGGGUUCAGCUGCGGUGCGGACCGGACCCUGGGAGCGACGGAGAAACCCUUUGUCUCCCCAGAAAAGCCAUCUCACUUUGGGCUUUUACUGCCCCGUCGCUGCCUCUCCUCCAACUACACCAUCCGAGUUCCCGAAAAGGCUGAAGCCUCCCUCCAUCCAGCCGCCAUUUUCAGCAGAUUGAGACCAGGUAGACCGUAAAACCCACAAGUGUCUGGGCCACAAAGGUCAUCUCAAAAGGGAAACGUUUUGGUCCAUUUGCUGGAGAGAAGAAGAAAAGGUCUCAGGUGACCAGUAAUGUUUACAUGUGGGAGGUUUAUUUCCCAGCUAGGGGAUGGAUGUGCGUUGAUGCCACAGACCCCAUGAAGGGGAACUGGCUCCGAUAUGUGAACUGGGCUCGUUCCAGUGAAGAACAGAAUCUUUUCCCCCUGGAGAUCAACAGAGCCAUUUAUUACAAAGUCCUGAGGCCUAUCGGGCCGGGAGAGGAGCUGCUGGUGUGGUACACGGUGGAAGACAACCCUGAGAUAACAGCUGCACUGGAGGAAGAAAGAGCCAGCAGUCUGAGCAGGAAAAGCUCACCCCGGGCGAAGCGAGCCAGAAGAAAGCUGCUGGAGAAAGCCAGACAGGCUGGUUUGGGUGGAUUCAAGAAAACAAGUGGAACCAAACCUUCUGUCGGAGAGAUGUGGGAUGGGAGAGAAGGUUUGACGGAGGAGGAUGACAGGCCAUCAGAGACCCUGCAGGGACUCAAGGAAGUCCAUCCUGUGGAAAAAACGACAUGUAAGGAUGUGCAGGCAAAGCCAGUGAUAGACGGAGGCAAAUGGGCAGAAGAGGAAGCUGAAGACGAGGAAGACGAAGAGGAGGAAGAAGAGGAGGAUGUGGAUCACCAACCUUCUCAGCACCUAGCUGUUGCGGAGUCUGGCCCAUCGCUUAUUGGUGGUGUAGAAAGCCAUAAUAGUUCACAAUUACAUUUAAGAUAUUCCUUCCUUGCACCUCAAGAGCAGGAGGUGGAUCCUGAUCCUGACCUCGAUCCUGAUGGCGAGCUUGAGGAAGACGCCCAAGGAGAAUUGUAUCACUGUCAUCACUGUGAGCGCCGCUUCUCCAGCAGACAGGGUCUGGAGCGGCACAUACACAUUCACGGUGAAAGUAACCAGCAAGCACAACUCUUUAAGUGCCGAUACUGCAAUAAAGCCUUUGGUUCACAGGUGGGACGGCGAAGGCAUGAGAGGAGGCAUGAAAGUGCAUCCAAGAAAAGGCCCGGUUCCCUGGGUGGGGGUGGCGGGCCACUCGGCGCUGUGGUGCAAACAGAAUCAAGUCCUGACUGCACCAGUCCGUCUAGUCACUAUAUAGCCAUUGGGUCCCAGUUUACAGGAGGACAUGUGCAAAGCUCUGAGAUGCAGAGAAAGGAGUUGGGGCCUCACGUGGAUCGCCCUUCAGCGUUUGAUGAAAAUGGCGAGUCCAAGGAGCUCCACCCCUGCAAGUACUGUAACAAAGCAUUUGGCACACACACCAACAUGCGCAGGCACCAACGCAGGAUACACGAACGGCACUUGUUACCAAAGGGAGUGCGCAGGAAAGGCAUGCUGUUGCAAGAUGCAUCAGCACAGCAGCUUCCUGGGGAGUCCCCCAGCGCCACCCCUCCACCCGUCUACGUCCCCAGUGCAGACACUGAAGACGAGGCAGACAGAGAUGAUUAUCCCAUAGACAUCUCCAAAAACAUCUCAGAAAAUCUCAGCUUCUACAUUGACGGCAAGAUUGUGUCCACCAGUGCUGUGAGUAGUUGCGAGGUGAUCGAAGUUGACACGAGAUCCGCGGCGUUGUUUGGUCUAGACACGGUCAUCAUCAGCCCGAAUCAGAUCAGCCAGGCUCUGAAGGUGGAGGGCAGAGCAAGUGCUGCCAAGCAUAUCUCCACUAGUGAACAGCCAGCAGCAAAAAGGAGAACUUCAACUCCUCCUCUUGUUACUGGCCUCAAAGUCGAGGCAGAAAUGACGCCUUCAUCCUUAUCGUCUUCCUCAUCUAACCUGUUAGUGGGGGGGCUGCUUCCACAAGCCACAGAUUCAGCAGCACUUCAGAGAGAGAAAACGGUUUACCUCUCACCGAAGCUCAAACAGCUCCUUCAGACACAAGACUUUCAGAAGUCAACAUUAGCCCUCAUAGCCAAGAGCCAACAACUUGCAUCUUUUUCGCUGCAAGGGGCUGCGGGGAAGUUUAAAAGAAGAACCGGCUCUCCCCCCUCCUCUCCACAGCUCAGCCCUCCGUGUAAAACCGAGAGCUGUAAAGCCGAAGUGGCGAGUGCAUACAUCCUUAAGGUGCCAAAGCUGGAAAGCCACAGUGUGCCACCUCCUGAAAACCUGCUGGAUGAAGAUAACGGCAAUAUGCUGAGUCCGUCCGGGAAUGAUGGACAUAGCCAAGCUUCCUCCGGCAGUGGGGGACACUCCUGUAAUCAGCUACCCUUGGAUCUGUCAAACGUCAGCAGGAGGAGUGACGACUCGGUCAGAGUGCUGGGAGACUCGGCUCUGGAUCUGAGCUUGCAUCGGAAGCCCGCUGCUGAACCAGACUUGAAAGGAAAUUCUGGACCACAACCUCUCAUAAAAAAGAGAAAGCCCAACACCAGUAUGCUGGAGAAAGUGCUAAUGAACGAGUAUGCUGGUUUGACAUUAUCUGGGGAGGAGGGGCCCUCAGCUUUGGUCAAUUCAGGAAGUUUCCAGGCUUCAUCUCCUAAUGUUGCACCAGAGUCCACCGACCCCUCUCCACCCUCUCUGACCCCUGUCACUAUGAAUCCUUCAUCACCCGGCACCUGCAGUGCAACCUCGUCAACACCGCCUCCUCCUGUUCUACCAACAAUAUCAUCUCCACCAACAUUACCGAGCUCUCCUCUUUCGCAGCCGUCAGACUCGCCACUGCUCAGACUGCUUCCAGUCCUCUCACCAAAAGUGUCUCCAAAAUCAGCUGAAAACAAGCCCUUGACAGACUCCAAUGUGGACUUCUUAGAUGAGGAGAGCAAAGACGAAGAUGAAAACCAUAUUUCUGAACCAAUGGCUUCCCCAAGCACUCCACUUGAAGGUCUUCCUGAUGAGUCUGUAACAUCAAGUCCUCCAGGGCCUGCAGCAGUAGAUCUUCCCGCUAAGGAAGAGCUUCUCCUGCCUGCAACUUGCAGCAGUGACGAAAAUGGCAGCUUAAAGCAAGACACGGUUGCAGAAACGGAGCCGGCUUUGAAAUCUGAUGUUAUAGCUCUACCAGAAUUGUCUUCAUCAUCAAGAUCUCCUCCAACAGCACAGGAGUCAUCUCCAUCACUGGUUUCGAAAUCUCUCUCUCACAUUAAAGUAAAAGAAGAGCCUCAGCAAUGCGAGGUUGAGUCUUCGGAUGUAAGUCAUGUGACUCAGGUUGCUGCGGUUGACUCGUAUCAAUCUGCUGCUCUUGAUAAACCACUUGAGCCGGAACAAUUUGAUUCCACGUACUGCAAAACGUUUGUGUGUAAUGUCUGCGAGAAGCCGUUCAACUCCAUCAAGGAUCUCAGCGGGCACAUUACACAGCAUGCUGCGGACUGGCCCUUUAAGUGUGAAUUUUGCGUUCAGCUGUUUAAUGACGAGGCAACUGUUCUGGCCCACCGGAUAACACUACAUGGAGUGGGUCAGAUAUUUGUGUGCUCUGUCUGCUCCAAAGAAUUUGCCUUUUUCUGCAAUCUGCAGCAGCACCAAAAAGAUCUGCAUCCAAAUGAGAUGUGUUCACAUACUACUGUAGAGAGCGGCAAACUCCGGCCGCAGAAUUACACAGAACCAUCCAGAGCCAAGGUGGAAAGCAGACCUCAGACACCAGCGCUGGAAAUGACAGAUGAAAGUGCUUCCAAUAACGAAUCUCAAAACACGAAAGAGGAGAGCUACUUGAAUGGGAAUCACACAGAAGACCCCAACGAGGAGCUGUACACUACGAUAAAGAUCAUGGCUUCAGAAGGAGGGCAGCCCAAAGGUCCUGACGUCCGCCUCGGCAUCAACCAACACUACCCCAGUUUUAAACCGCCCCCUUUUCCAUAUCACAGCCGUUCCCACGCCGGCUCGGUGGCCUCUGCCACUAACUUCACUACCCACAACAUACCUCAAACCUUCAGCACCGCCAUCCGUUGCACCAAAUGUGGCAACAGUUUCGAUAACAUGCCUGAGCUGCACAAGCACAUACUGGCCUGCGCCAACGCUAGUGAUAAAAAGCGUUACACUCCCAAGAAAAACCCCAUCCCCCUCAAAGAAAUAGUCAAGAGUCCAAACGGAGUUGCAUCGCCCACGGCAGCUGCAGCGGGCCAGGGUGCUUUCCGGAGAAUGGGCCAGCCAAAGAGACUCAACUUCAGUCAGGAGCCCAGUAAAACAAAGAUGAGCGCCCUCAGCAAGAAGAAGAACCAGCUAGUCCAGAAAGCAAUCACGCAGAAAAAUAAAGCUGCCACUACUGCAAAGAAGAUCUCUGUUAAAGUCGAAGAUGGGCCGGUGUCUAACGUCUGCCCUCACUGCAGCCGGGAGUUCACGUACACUGCCAGUCUGAAUAAACACAUGGCAGUUAGCUGUCCCAUGAAACCUGUUGUUGCUAAGAAGGGGAAAAAGGCUCUAGCAGAGGUGAAAAGGGCAUCUGUCUCUGUGGCAGAUAAAAACACAAGUAGGAAAAAAGCUUCAGAUGAUGAAACUCAAACGGAGCAAGAAGGUAAACCUCUGGGAAAGACGCGGGCUCGUAGUUCUGGUGCAGCAGACCCUGAAUCCCAGCAGCCGAGCAAAGGGAAAACUACUACGGCGGGUCGACUAAAAAGGCCCGCCUCAUUGCCAGCACCCGCUUCUGGUCGUAAAAAGGCCAAGAAGGGCCAAGUUCAGUCUCUACCUCCCACCCCUUCAGGCCCGGACACGCCUGGUGACACAGCACAACGUCCAGCCAUGAGAAUGCAGCGCAUGGGCAAAGAGCCAGCACCUAAGAGAUUAGCAGAGGUCAAAUCUCCACCAACACAACCCAAGAAAGAAGAGCGGUUCUCCCUCAGAGCCAGAGAGCGAGCGGGUGGUCCGGUCACCAGGAGUUUACAGAUGGCCAACACCGCUCCUCCUGCUGAGGUGAAGACUGAGGAGCAGGCAGUGGAGGAGCCCAAAGACUCUCAGGAUUUACUGACGAAGUGAGCCACAGGCGGCGACCUCCUCUUUCUCGAAGGAGGAACACAGCGUUCACUCAUCAGGAAACUCUCUGGACUCAACGAGAUGCUGAGGCAAACUUCUGUGGUGGUUUUAUUCUACUAAAACAAACCUGCCUAUCUCCGCUGCCUUCGCUGGAAUUAAAGAGGGAACUCUCUUUUCUUUUAUCUGUUUAUCGACUUAACUGAGCCUUGAAUCCUGCCAGCCUUGCAAAAAAGGAAACUAGAUGACUGUGUGUGUGUGUGUGUGUGUGCGUGUGUGUGUGUGCGUGUGUGUGUGUGCGUGUGUGUGUGUGUGCAUGUGUGUCAUUACUUGACCCAAAACAGUAAGAUUAGGGCUCUGAUGUUCUUAGAAAGCUGAUUUACUGCAAAUGGCAAUCAUUUAUCAAUAGAAUGAGGUGAACUUAUUUCUGAUUAUGUUAUAUAUAACCCCCUCCCCCAUUGGGUUGUUUAGAUUAUGAGCCCCUAAUGCAUGUGCUGGGUAGAGAUAUUACAAAAACUUUAGAAUAAUCCAGUUCCUGUGUGUCUCCCUGUGGUCAGUACUUCAGUUUCAACAUGAUUAAUACAGUAUGAUUGCUUUUGAUUUGUUUUUGUAGUCCCAAUAUUGUAGAAUAUAUCUUAUUGGCUGUUUUUGUUUGGGAAACAAAAAUCGAAACGGCAGUAGUGUACUGCAGCAGUCGGUCCUCAGGAACACUGUAAAUGUGUGUGGUGGUUAUGUGUAUAGUUAUGGUGGGAUGUGCAGCCAAACAGCCACUUCCUCAAUCUCAGAUUAGUCUCGUGUUUUUAUUUGACUUCUGUUUAUCCGAUGGGAGCUGGCCAUUUCCAGCUGUAAAAUAAUGGGAAUUGUGUUCUUCAAAUAAUGUCCGUUUUAGUAAUAAGGUCGAACAGCCCGGUGUUUUUACAGCACUUUAAAUCAAACUGCCAAAACGUUUAAACCGGAUCCAUGAAAAUCAGCAUUCUGGGCUGCAAAUGUUGGGAAUUUGACCUCAGAUGAUGCAAAUCUAAUCUCACUCAAAACAGCCUUUCUGUAAAAAAAAUCUGUCGUUUUUCUGCUACUCAAGACACAACCAUGACACGAGGCACAUUUUAUGUUUUGAUACGCCAUACCACAAAUGUGUUCUGAUGUGUUAGACAUUUUGCAGAGUUGUACUGUGUUUAUUUAGAUUCAGAAGCCACACUAACCGAAACGUCCACCACCGAGGACAAAGUUUUGUUUAUUUUUGGUAAGACUGUAUAUGACGAUGAGGAUCUUCUGCCAAUGAAAAGCUUAUUUUUACUAUUUCAGUUCAGCUUCUCCAGUGCUUACUUAAUUUUUUUCCCUUAAAACAUUUUUUAGAACAGGAAAAAAAAAAAAACGGGCAGUGCUUAAAGCUUGUAGCAUGUUAUUGGACCGUAAAUUAAACAAUGAGAUUUGAAGCUAAUUUAUAUAUUUCCAUGAGAACUCUGUUUUGCCUUUUCAGCAUCAAGAUCGUGUAUUUAAGGAUGAACAGACAAAGAUCCCUAAUGACAUUGAGUAAAAAUUUUACUGUAAUUGACAUAAAUAAUAAAAAGUGUUUUUCAGCA